UAACCGUAUAUAAAAAAGGGCGCGAUAAGCAAGUGAUGGCUGAAGCUCUCCCUGUAGACUACCAUACAAAUACCAAGCAAGCAAAAAGAUUUGGGAAAUUUCCAAAGAAGCUGCUGUUGCCGGGAAAUUUCCCAUAUCCAAAUCCCAUUGCUCUUUAAUCUUUAUUGCUGAUGCCCAUUGGAAAAUUGGCCAAGAAAAAAUGGGGUUAGACAUAGUGGAACCAAACACUUGCGUUAGAGGUUGCUGCUCCAGCAACUCCAUCCCUCUUCACCUUCCUCCUUCUUCCUUCACUCUUCUUUCCCCUAUUGCCAAAGGGGCUGAAAGCGUUGUUUAUGAAGCUAUUUUGGAUGGAAAGAAAGUUGCUGCCAAGAAACCAACCUUGUCUACCUCGGAGGAAUUGGAUAAAUUUCACAAGGAAUUGCAGUUGCUGUGCCAGCUACAUCAUCCUGGGAUAGCAACUCUCCUCGCCGCUCAUGCUAAACCUCCCAAUUAUCUGUUUUUCUUCGAAUUCUAUGAGAAAACUAAUCUGGCUCAUCAAUUACACGUUGAAGAAUGGAUUCCCGAUCUUGAUCAGGCGUUGUCAAUCAUGCUCCAGUUAGCGAAGGCUUUGCAAUAUCUGCAUAACAAAGGAAUCAUACAUAGAGAUGUGAAACCGGCAAAUGUUCUUCUUGACAGAGACUUUUCUGCAUGCCUAGCUGACUUUGGUUUGGCAGAGUAUAAGAAAGAUCUUAGAAGAGUCUCUACUGUGAAUUGGAGAUCUUCUGGCAAGCCAACAGGUGGGUUUCACAAAAAAAAUAUGGUUGGAACUCUUAUUUACAUGGCACCUGAGAUAUUGACGAAGGAGAUACAUACAGAAAAAUCAGAUGUCUAUAGCUUUGGAGUGUCUAUCAAUGAACUGCUAACUGGCGUUAUCCCAUACACUGAUAUCCGUGCUGAAGCUCAGGCCCACACUGUUCUGGAGAUGAACUAUACUGAGCAGCAACUUACUUCAGCUGUGAGCUCUGGUGGACUGCGUCCAGUUCUUGCUGGUAUUGAGUCUGGAGUACCAGAAAGUAUGCUGUCACUAAUUCAAAAGUGUUGGGAUGCAAAUCCUCAAAACAGGCCAUCAUUCAAUGAUAUCGUGUUAGAACUAGAUGAUAUGUUGCAACAAAGAAAGAAAAUGGAGAAAGAAGAUUUAUCUCUUCACCAGCCUCCCAUUUCUCACUUCCAUCAAGUCAUGGAUGAUGUUAAUAAACUUCAUACCUAUCAGGAAAAGAUUAACUGGUCAACUCAGGGAGAAUGUGUAUCCAAAGGAGCUUCAUUUGGAGUACAUUCUGGUUUCAGAAUGUGGCUUGAUGGUUUUGAUGAUCCUUUUGCAUAUCAUCUAGUGCUUUCUUGGGGAUCCUUUGCUACAUGUGGAAGACGGGAGAGUAUGGAGGACAUGCACUUUCUUAUGCCUUUCCUAUGCAAUGAGAAGGAUGUUCAUGCUUUUGGUAUCUUCGAUGGGCAUAGAGGUGCAGCAGCAGCUGAGUUUUCAGUUCAAGCAUUGCCAGAAUUUCUGAAAGCCUUAGGUUCUAUGUGCAGUCCUGCUGAUGCACUGGUGGAAGCAUUUGUUAGGACAGAUGUUGCAUUUAGAGAUGAACUUGAUUCUCAUCGAAAAUCAAGGAGGGUUAUUCAGAAAGACUGGCAUCCUGGCUGCACUGCAGCUGCUGCUCUAAUUGUUAAGAACAAGCUUUUUGUUGCUAAUGCAGGUGACUGCAGGACAAUUUUAUGUCGAAGAGGGUGCCCUGUAGCUCUAAGUAGGGAUCAUGUUGCAAGCUGUCCUGAGGAGAGAAACCGAGUUGUUAGUGCAGGGGGGGAGGUAAAAUGGCAAGUUGAUACUUGGAGGGUUGGUUGUGCUGCACUUCAGGUAACUCGCUCCAUUGGUGAUGAUGAUUUGAAGCCUGCUGUAACUGCAGAACCUGAGAUAACAGAAACUGUACUUUCAGUUGAGGAUGAGUUCCUGGUAAUGGCUAGUGAUGGACUCUGGGAUGUUGUGAGUGAAACGGAGGUGAUAAACAUCAUCAGAGACACGGUUAAAGAGCCGGCAAUGUGCUCAAAAAGGUUGGCAACGGAAGCUGCAGAACGUGGCAGUAAAGAUAACAUCACAGUCAUUGUUGUGUUCCUUCGUCCAGUAUCCACAGCAGAGAGAGUUUACUAAAGGUGUUUUUGAUUGUUUUUUGUGAACUCAAUUCGCUUGCCAUGACUAUUGAAAUACAGAUGAAAUAAAUCAUCCAUGUUAUGAGCAACAGCAUUUGGCCUUUAGGAGCUGGUUUUGCUUCUAAAAUAUUCAUUUAAUAUUGUUAUAUUUCUUUAGUCGAUACUUUAUUCUGAAAUAAUAAAAUUAAUUUUAGGUCAGAA